AUGCCUCGAGGAUUCAACUCCGAGGCGCUGGGAUUCGCGAGUCUGAGGGAUGUGCUGGAGAGCAUGCAGGAUCUGGCACGGCUGGAGGUGUUUCCUGGAGGGUUCAUGUUGGUCUUUGCCUCAGAUGAGCUGAAAGACACAAGCUUGGGGACGUCACCCUCUGCUGCUGCAUCAGCCAAUUCGUCUGAUCCUAGGUCUGCUGCACUUCCUUCAAGUCCGAGAGUUUCCUCUCAUCUACCCCUUGCUGCUGCUGGUCCUGCUACUGCUGCACCUAGUAGCAGCACAUCCAGCAGUGCUCUUCACCCGUCCACUCCCACUACUCCACGUGCCUCACCUCCCCCUGUCCCCAAGCCUCGACCUGAAGGCUAUCGCCGCUUCGACACCAGCUGGGGUGGUGAAUCCUCUUCACCAUUCUCCCCACGCUCCUCUCCACACUCGUCUUCCCUCCGCUACAGAGAGCCGCCCUCUUCAGAGAGCAAAUUUGCCAAGGAGCGUGCCGUGGGGCCCUCAUUCUCUUCUCCCCUGAGCCCUUUCACAAGCCUUCCCUCACCUCGUUCACUCGAUGCAUCCCCGUCUCCUCGACAACUAGCAUUCAAAGCACAUCAGAGGAGGCCAUCUGGGCUGGGAGAGGAGGAACAGUUUGGGAUCAAGGGAGGGAACCGGCCGUGGGAUGAGGGUAGGGGUUGGGGCGAAGGAAAAGACUGGGGCGUGGGUGGUGGGUCGCGGGAGGAAUUUGCUGCACUGGGGUCUCCUGCUGGUAGCAGAUGGCGCACUGAGGGGAAGUGGAGGGAGGUGAGGGAAGUGAGAGAUGUUCGUGAGGUGAAGAAAGUGGAGGAGGUGCGAGAAGAGGUGAGGGACGAGGCGAUGGAGGGGAAACAGGAAGCAUCUCGACCUGCUUAUCAUGAAACAGGGUCCGGUUUGCAGCUGCCGUCCUCCUCCUCUUCCUCCACCGCCUCGUCCCAUGCCUCAACUUCACCAUCCGUCUUGAAAACCCCAUCGCUUGUGUCGGACGCAGGUGUAACAACGCUGCGCAGCAGGGCAGUGCCACCGCCGCGCCUUGAGCUUCCAACUGCAACCAUCGCUGCAGAAAACGUGACGGAAGGCAGCAAAGGUAACCUCACAGAGAGCAACAGGCCGGCCAAGGCAUCAGCGCCUGCAAAAGGAAGAGCGGCAGAUGGGGGGAAGGCCAGAGCGAGUCACAAAGCAGAGCUAAUGAGGAGUGAUUUGAGGCAACUGCUUCAGGAGGUGCUGUCAAAGCCAGGCGUGCACAAGACGGGAUACCAGCUCGCGUUCCUUAAGGGUGCUUUCCUCAAGGUGACAGAAGCAGGGGUGCAGACUGCUGAGGUGGCAGUGAAGGAGGUGGUGAAAGCUGCCACGCACUGGCAGGUGAAGGCGCAGCAUGGUGGCAAGGGGAAAGAGGCUGCAACCUCAGCUGCACCCCCAGCUGCACUCUCAGCUGCGCCCUCCCCUACUGCACCUAUGUCAAGCCCUCUGUCGGCAUGUUUUCCUGAAGAUGAGCUCUCGGUGUCAGCUCCAGACCCUGGUAGCCCCGUGCAUGAGCAACCCAUGGAGGUGUCACCGAUUGUGGUGGAGGGCACGGAAGAAGGGGAUGAAGGGUCACCCGAAGUUGCGGCUCUGGUGUUGGCUAGUUUAGAACGGAAACGGGAGGGUUCUGCUCCUGUAGCACCUCAUGCUGAUGAGGACGACGUUGAUGCUAGGGAAAGGGCGAUGGAGGCUGUCUCUCCAGACAUAGCAGCGCGGCUCGUACCGUGCGCCAAUGCUGCCAAAUCACCCGAGUCUGGCGCGCGAGAGAGCAUUCAGAGCAUGUGGGACGAAGAGCUCAGCCGCGCGACAUGCGCCGUGCAUGGCGGAGACUGUCAGGGAGGGGACGACGGUUGUUCUUCGACACUCGGGGAACUUGGCGGAGGAGGGGUCUCCGGGGAUGCUUUGGCGGGUCGAGGUGGCAGCGUCGGAGUGCCACGUGGCGUUCAGCAGCUGUUAAACGAGGCCUUUUCUGCCAUCCCUGUCUCGUCCUUCCCACUUCCACCUGGCGGAGAAGUCGUCGAGAUCUCAUCUGACACGUCCAUUCUCGAAGCCGUGCGCAUCCUGUCCGUCCAUCGCAUUCUCUCUGCUCCAGUCCGCAACGCCAGGCUCACAGGCACAGCAACAGGGGCAGGACCACGUGGGGCAGGAGGGGGAGGAGUAGAAGGAGGAGGAGGAGCAGGAGGGGCAGGAUUAGGGUUAGGAUCCGACGUGGCGUGGUCUGAUCGGUACCUAGGAAUGGUUGACUAUGCAGGAGUCAUGAUGUGGGUGUUGCAGCAGGCUGACCUGGCAGCUGCCACGCUGGCAGCAGGCACCGCAGCGCUGACAGGUGUCGGCGUGGGAGUGGUGGGAGCGCUAGGAGCAGCAGCACUGGGGGUGGGAGGUGCACCGCUAGCAGUGACUGGCGUGGCAGCAGCAGCGGUUGGGGCAGCGGUUGCGAGAGGGUUGAGGGAGAGGAGGAAGUUGAGAGGGACAGGGGCCGGCGCUGCUGCUGCUGCGGAUUCUCUUGGUGUGGACUUUUUCCACAUGAUCACUGAAAACGAGCCGUUCAAGUCAGCCACAGUGGCUGACAUCACACGUAGCUACCGCUGGGCGCCUUUCCUCCCACUGCAGCCGACCGACUCGAUGCUCACGCUGCUGCUGCUGCUCUCGCGCUUCCGCAUGCGCUCCGUGCCAGUUGUCGCCCUCGGAUUGGCCCCUCCGGCCCCUCGCUUGCACAACCUGAUCACACAGUCAGCCGUGGUUCGUGGCCUUGCCAGGUGUCGUGGAUUUGACUGGUUUGAUGUGAUCGCAGACAAGCCCCUUAUGGCUCUGGGCCUGCCGCUUGUGGGGGAGAAGGAGCUGGUGUCAGUGGAUGCGGGUGCGUUGGUGCUGGAGGCGUUUCUUCUCAUGAAGGAGAAAGGGGUUGGGGGCGUGCCGGUAACCGACGGUCCAGAUCGCAUCCUGUACGCCAACAUCAGUGCGAGGGACGUGGGACUAUUGCUGCUGCACCCAGACAUGUUCCACUCUAGGAGCCACUUGACCGUGCGGGACUUCGUUGAUUGCUGCCUCGCCCUGCAAGCAGCAGAGCUGCACGUCCCACCUGCUUCCUCCCUCACAGCACCUGACGUCUCUGGCACCACCAGCACCACUCCCACCCCUACGGAUGCCACAGGGGAUGUCAGCGGCACCACCAUUACCACCACCAUACCACCUGCCAGCACCGCCAGUGGCGCCACUGGCAAAGUGGGUAGCAACGCCAGUGACAGUGCCAGCAGCGACAGUUAUGGUGCAGUGGGGUCGAUGCGCCCAGCUGUUUCCUGCCGGCACACCGACAGCCUGGUGUCAGUGAUAGAGACGCUGGCAGGGAAGGGCAUUCACCGGGUGUAUGUCACUGACGACCACGGCAGGCUGCAGGGUGUGGUUACGUUGCGCGAUAUCAUUUCCCGGUUUGUUACGGAGCCGGAAGGGUAUUUUGAUAACUUUCUUGGGGAUAUGGCACGAGCUUGGGAGUAA